AUGCUGGUAACCCCUUUCCGCUCCUUCCGCUCUGCUGCUCUCUCUAUGCCGGACGCUCUUCCCCUCCUCCCUCAUCGAGCAACUCCUUGCAGUCAAAGGGCUCGUAUGAGUGGAUGGAUUGGGACCAUGUCAGUCAACCUUUCUCCUCCUCUAUCCCUCUCACAUUCGCACUCCUCCCAUUCCUCCCCCAGCUUCGAUCCGGCUCUACUGCUGCACGGAGAGCACUAUGUGCGACUCUUCCGGCCCCUGCCCACCGCUGCCAAGGUGGUGAAUCGCGCGCGCAUAUCAGCCCUGAAGGACAAGGGCAGGGCGGCCAUAGUGGAUGUGGAGACAGUGUCGUUCGACCGCGAGCUAUCUCAACCGCCACAGCAACCAGCAGCACAUGGCAGCGCAGUCCCCAAGCAGCCAUCCGCCCGCCCCGCACCUCAUGCAUCAGCAGAGGAGCGCAUCCCCCCCAACCAGGCCCUGCUGUAUCGCCUCUGUGGCGACCUCAACCCCCUCCACUCCGACCCUGAAUUCGCCGCCACUGCAGGCUAUCCUCGCCCGAUCCUGCACGGCCUCUGCACACUCGGCUUCGCCACCCGAGCCAUCCUUCGAACCUGCUGCAGGGGUGACCCGAGCCUCUUCCACAGCGUGCAGGUUCGGUUCACCGGGCAUGUGUUCCCGGGCGAGACUCUCAUCACCCGAACCUGGCAGCCCGUGUCCAUACCAGCAUCAAGCGCAGCAGGGGAAGAAGAAUCAGCAGCAGGUUCGGGAGGGGAGGGCGUGAGAGGAGGGGGGCCGUUGAAGCGUGUGAGCUUUGAGUGCUGGAUUGGUGAGUGCAACAGGAUGGUGCUGUCUGGGUGGAUGCAGCUGUGUGCUGACAGUGAAGCCGCAGGCAGUGAAGGCAGAGACGUCAUGAGCAGCAAUGGUUCGCCCAAGUCACGCUUAUAG